GUCCAAUAUCAGAAACAAGAUUCCUCACAGCUUUUCCAUUUCCAAUUAUGUCCAAAGAAACACCAGAGUUUACAUAAAGUCUUACUGAGAGUUUGCAGAAGAUAGCCAGUACUUACCAGAGCCAUAAUUUUAUUGUCAUUCCCUUGUUGGGUUAAGUUCCAUUCAUUUUCAUCAACUGCAAAUAUUUUACUCCAUCUCUUUUGCUCUCCCUCCCUCCCUCCCUCACUACUGAAUUCACACCAACUUUAUUAUUCACAUACCAAAACUUUGCCUUUUUGAUCUCUUCCUAGUUCCUUUUUAGCAAACUUAAACCAAGUUUGCUUCAGCUUUAGAUUUGGUUUGGUGACCAAAACAACAAACUGUAGUUGGUCACCAUCUCUCUCUCUCUCUCUCUCUCUCUCACAGAGGCACAGACAGAGACUCUUUUUCUACCAUGAACUUGUAAACCCCAACAUGCUCAGCCUCAGCAACAAGUUCAAGCAAUCAUGAGCUCCAGCGCCCAAAAACUCCAGUUCUGUUGGAGGGUCGCUUCCAUGUUUGUUCUGCUACUUGGCUCAACUUUGGCUCUAAACUCAGAUGGGGUUCUCUUGCUUUCGUUCAAAUACUCAAUCCUCAGCGACCCUCUCUCUGUCCUUGAAAGCUGGAACUACAAUGAUGAAACGCCAUGCUCUUGGAAUGGAGUGACAUGCACACAAAUGGGAAACCCAGGAACACCAGACAUGUUCAGAGUCACCAGCUUGGUCCUCCCCAACAGCCAGCUUCUGGGUUCGAUUGCAUCAGAAUUGGGUUCGAUCGAACACCUUCACAGCCUUGAUCUUUCCAACAAUUUCUUCAAUGGGUCCCUGCCUUUGACCCUCUUCAAUGCCUCAGAGCUUCAGGUGCUUUCUCUCUCUAACAAUGUCAUCUCUGGUGACUUGCCUGAUGAUUUGGUUUCAGGUCUCAAAAGCCUCCAGUUUCUCAAUGUUUCUGACAAUGCUUUGGCUGGCAAAGUCCCUGAAAAUCUCACUUCUUUGCAAAACCUCACUGUUGUCUCUCUGAGAAGUAAUUACUUUUCGGGUAAUCUCCCAACUGGGUUAAAUUCAGUUGAGGUUUUAGAUCUGUCUUCAAAUCUGCUCAAUGGGACUCUACCUUUGGAUUUUGGUGGAGACAACUUGCGCUAUUUGAACCUCUCCUACAACAAAAUCUCAGGAAAAAUACCAGUUGAUUUUGUAAAGAGGGUUUCAGAGAACUCGACCAUUGAUCUCUCCUUCAACAAUUUGAGUGGACCAAUUCCAGACUCACAAGCUCUGCUCAACCAGAAAACAGAGCUGUUUGCAGGAAACAGUGAACUUUGUGGCAAGCCAUUGAAGAGCCUUUGUGCAAUUCCUUCUACUCUCUCCACACCACCCAACACUUCUUCUUCUUCUCCAGCCAUUGCAGCCAUUCCAAGAACAUUUGACACAACCCCAGUAUCAAACACACCUGGUGGACCAAAUGGUACUCAGAACCAGCCACAGAGUGGCCUCAAACCCAGCACCAUCGCCGCCAUUGCUGUCGGAGACUUGGCCGGAAUAGCCAUCCUUGGAUUGGUCAUUCUCUAUGUCUACCAAGUCAGGAAGAGAAAACUUCUCAACACAACAAGCAGCAGUGCCACAGAGCUAGAAAAGAAGCCAGAAAUCUUCUCAAAAGAAGACAUUGAUCAGAAAGUAAAAUCUGUUGCAUGCUCAUGCAUGACAAUCAAAGGGGAAGAGACAUCAACAAGCUCAGAUAGUGACCAAGAUGGGCAAGUGGGUGGUGGUGUGCAGAGUCAAAAAGGGGAGCAGUCUCAGAAAGGAGGUGUCUUGGUAACCAUAGAUGGGGAUCAAGCAGAGCUUGAGCUUGAGACAUUGCUCAAAGCAUCAGCUUAUGUAUUGGGAGCCAGUGGCCCAAGCAUUGUGUACAAGGCCGUGCUUGAAGACAAGACUGAGCUUGCUGUGAGGAGAAUUGGAGAGAGUGGGGUGGUGAAGAUGAGAGAUUUUGAGAGCCAAGUGAGGGCCAUUGCCAAGCUCAAACACCCCAAUUUGGUUAGGGUUCGUGGGUUUUACUGGGGAGACCAUGAGAAGCUUGUGAUCUAUGACUAUGUCUCCAAUGGCAGCCUUGCCAGCACCACUAACAGAAGAGCAGGGUCGUCACCAUGUCAUCUACCUCUUGAAACUCGGCUGAGGAUAGCAAGUGGGGUUGCUAGGGGGCUGGCUUACAUCCAUGAGAAGAAACAUGUGCACGGGAAUAUCAAACCAAGCAACAUUCUUUUGAAUUCUGAUAUGGAGCCCAUAAUUAGUGAUUUUGGCCUUGAUAAGCUGGUAUUAGGAAACCUGGGUAGUCACAAAGCCAGCGGUUCUUCCAGGGGUUACUUUGAUAGCCUAAAAUCAACAGCCACUCGAGAAGGUAUGCAUGAUGUGCUCCCAAUUGGUGGCAGCCCUGCCGCUGCUAUGUCAUCCUCCGGUGGUGCAUCGUCGCCUUAUCAAGCGCCAGAAUGUCUAAAGAACUUGAAGCCGAACCCUAAGUGGGAUGUGUACUCUUUUGGUAUAGUCUUGCUUGAGCUUCUCACAGGAAGGAUACUUUCGGAACGAGAAUUAGUGGCACAAUGGACCCCGGGUUCGUUGACUGAAGAGAAAAUUCGGGUUUUAAUCAUGGUUGACGUGGCGAUUAGGACUGAGGUGGAGGGCAGGGAAGAUGCCUUGCUGGCUUGUUUGAAAUUAGGGUUUAAUUGUGCUAGUUUUGCUCCACAAAAGAGACCGACCAUGAAAGAAGCCCUCCAAAUCUUGGACAAAAGUACUAGUCCUCCUCCCACUUCUUCAAACUAAUGAUGUAUUGAGGUCCCACUAAAGUUGCUUUGUUGUGUUAAAGCAUUUUCUUUUUCUUGUUUUGUUGACUUGAAUGUUGCAUAAAAAGCAUAAAUGUUGAUAUAGCUUAAUAACUUUAUGGGAGAAAGCCGGUGUAUGUAUGCAUGUUUUGCGGAUUAGUGAGAAUUGAUAUAUGAAUUGUAAUAAUAUUGUGUUGGUGACAAUUGGCAUGGAGGGCAAUUACAAUUA